AUGGACGAGCAGCUACAUCAGGCGCUGCGCGAGAUGUUGCGGUGCCUGCGAGAGCAAAGCGAGCGCGCAAGGCGAGCAGAGCAGCUGGAGCUAAGCCUCCGUUCGGAGAUGGGCUCCAGCGCCUGGCUGCCGCGACUGCUGAGCCGAGAGCCACUGAGCGCGACGGUGGAGGAGCUGAUGGAGGACUUGGCGGCGGCCCAGAAGGAGGACGUGCUGAAGGUUCCCUUCGGCAAAGAGCAGCUGCUGGUUUCGGCGGGCCAGAACGUGGUGGACUGGACGAUGGCCGACGGCCGGCAGCUCUGGCGAUGCUGCUUCGCCUGCCUGGAACUUCUCACCUCGGAUGCCCCGGCGGCGCUCCACGUGGAGGGGAGGCGUGUGCUCGAGCUGGGCAGCGGCUUGGGGCUGCUCGGCCUGGCUUGCGCGCGGCUCGGGGCGGCCUCCGUGGUCCUCACGGACUACGACGAAGCGCUGCUCACGGCCUGCCGCCGCUCGGUGGCCUUGAACUCCAUGGAGGACCUGGUCUCAGUUCAAGCUUUGGACUGGCAAGAUGUCGCCUCCGGGGGGCCCCUCCCCGAGCUGCCUCCAGUUGACCUGAUCCUUGGAGCGGAUAUCAUUUACGACGCCAGCCACGCGGUCAGCGUGCUGGGCACUUUGCGGCGACUUCUGGAGAGCACGGGCGGCGGCGAGGGCAUUUUGGUCACCGGCGAGCCAGAGCAGCGAGAGGGAGUCCAUGAAGUAGACCAGGCUUUGGGAGUCGAAGGCAUAUCUGAGUCGAAGGUGAGCCGCGGGAGCGAUUCCCAUGGCUUGAUCUGGGAGGUGCUGCGAGUACCAGGGGAUGUGGAUGGACGGUUGCACCGCAUGUACAGGUUCAAGCUGGAUGCUAGGUCCGGAGCCGUGGCGGAGCGCACCAUCAAGGAGGCCAAGUCGGUGGCCCGCAAGGCCGGCGCUCCUGCUUUGCCUCAUCGCGUUGCAAAGGUCGGUGCCCACGUCGAGAAGCGUUCCUUGGGCGUUCGUGUUUUUUUUUUUCUCGUCGGGGAGCUGCUCAUCCGGGUUUCCUGA